GAAUCCCAAAAGCCACCAGUGGUGGGGGGCUUUACACUUAAAUGGAGCCUGAUCGUCCGUCACGGGGAGGGGUAGCAGGGGCGGCGACCUCUGGGACGAUGGGUUGGGGCGGGCCGCCUGGGUCCCCGCCCGCCGCUCCGCCCCCUUGGGAUCAGGGACUUUUCUCUGCUGUGGCGGCGGGACUGCGGCGCGUCUGGCGACGGGAGCCUCGGGCCAGCAGGCAAGACCGGGACUGGGGGUGGGAGAGCGCCAGGCUGGGACCCGCCGAGGCCGAGGGACAGAGGCGGGAGUCCUGGCUGCCGGUCUCCCUCACCGAAGAUGAGGCUGCGGCUCCUGGUGGCUGCGCUCUGCUCCGGGAUCCUGGCAGGGGCUCCCCGAGUAUGGGCCCAGCCCAGGGAGAGAGUGAGCUGCACGCGCCUGUACGCCGCUGACAUCGUGUUCCUCCUUGACGGCUCCUCGUCCAUCGGCCGAAGCAACUUCCGCGAAGUGCGGGGUUUCCUUGAGGGGCUGGUGCUGCCCUUCUCCGGGGCAGCUGGGGCACAGGGUGUGCGCUUCGCCGCCGUGCAGUACAGCGACGACCCACGGACAGAAUUUGACCUGGAUGCGCUUGGCUCAGGCGGCGAUGUGAUCCGUGCCAUCCGAGAGCUCAGCUACAAGGGGGGCAACACGCGCACAGGGGCUGCGAUUCUCCACGUGGCUGACCGCGUCUUCCUGCCCCAGCUGGCCCGACCUGGUGUCCCCAAGGUCUGUAUCCUCAUCACAGACGGGAAGUCCCAGGACAUGGUGGACACAGCUGCCCAGAGGUUGAAGGGGCAGGGAGUCAAGCUGUUUGCUGUGGGCAUCAAGAAUGCCGACCCCGAGGAGCUGAAGCGAAUCGCCUCACAGCCGACCAGCGAUUUCUUCUUCUUCGUCAAUGACUUCAGCAUCUUGAGGACGCUCCUGCCUCUGGUUUCCCGGAGGGUGUGCACAACUGCGGGUGGUGUGCCCGUGACCCUGCCCCCCGACGACUCGACCUCUGGUCCACGAGACCUGCUGCUUGAGCCGGGCAGUCAGUCCUUGAGAGUCCAGUGGACAGCGGCCAGCGGCCCCGUGACUGGCUACAAGAUCCAGUACACACCCCUGACAGGGCUGGGGCAGCCACUGCCGAGCGAGCGGCGGGAGGUGAGCGUCCCAGCUGGUGAGACCAGCGUGCAGCUGCAGGGUCUCCGGCCACUGACUGAGUACCAAGUGACGGUGGUCGCCCUCUACGCCAACAGCAUCGGGGAGGCCGUGAGCGGGACCGCUAGGACCACUGCUCUGGAGGGGCCAGAAGUGACCAUCCAGAACACCACAGCCCACAGCCUCCUGGUGGCCUGGCGGAGUGUGCCAGGUGCCACCGGCUACCGGGUGACGUGGCAGGUCAUCAGGGGUGGGGCCACGCAGCAGCAGGAGCUGGGCCCUGGGCAGGGGUCAGUGUUGCUGAGGGACCUGCAGCCUGGCACUGACUAUGAGGUGACCGUGAGUGCCCUGCUUGGUCGGAGCGUGGGGCCAGCCACCUCCCUGACUGCCCGCACUGACACGUCCGUCGAGCAGACCUUGCGUCCUGUCAUCCUGGGCCCCACGUCCAUCCUCCUCUCCUGGAACCUGGUGCCUGAGGCUCGUGGCUACCGGCUGGAGUGGCGGCGUGAGAGCGGCUUAGAGGUGCCACAGAAGGUGGUGCUGCCCUCUGACGUGACCCGCUACCAGCUGGAUGGGCUGCAGCCGGGCACCGAGUACCGCCUCACUCUCUACACGCUGCUAGAGGGCCGUGAGGUGGCCACCCCAGCGACCGUGGUCCCCACUGAGCUGCCUGUGGGCCCCGUCACAGCCCUCCAGGCCACCGAGCUGCCUGGGCAGCGUGUGCGAGUGUCCUGGAGCCCAGUUCCCAGCGCCACCGAGUAUCGCAUCACUGUGCGCAGCGCCCAGGGGGUUGAGCGGAGCCUGGUGCUUCCUGGGAGUCAGACGGCCUUUGACUUGGAUGACGUCCGGGCUGGGCUCAGCUACACAGUGCGGGUGUCAGCGCGAGUAGGCAGCCGGGAGGGCGCUGCCAGCACCCUCACUGUCCGCCGGGAGCCAGAACCCCCACUGGCCAUCCCAGGGCUGCGGGUCAUGGCAUCGGACGCAACGCGAGUGAGGGUGGCCUGGGGACCAGUUCCUGGAGCCAGCGGAUUUCGGAUUAGCUGGAGGAUGGACAAUGGUCUGGAGUCCAGCCAGACAGUCCCUUCAGACUCUACUGCCACCGACAUUGUGGGGCUGAGACCUGGGACCUCCUACCAGGUGGCCGUGUCGGCGCUGCGAGGAAGAGAGGAGGGCCCUCCUGCGGUCAUCGUGGCUCGAACCGAUCCCCUGGGCCCAGUGAGAUCGGUCCAUGUGACUCGAGUCAGCAGCUCAUCUGUCACCAUCACCUGGAACCGGGUUCCUGGUGCCACAGGGUACAGGGUCUCCUGGCGCUCAGGCCGAGGCCCAGAGAAAUCCCAGUUGGUUUCUGGGGAGGCCACAGUGGCCGAGCUGGAUGGACUGGAGCCAGAUACUGAGUACACCGUGCGUGUGUGGGCCCGUGUGGCUGGUGUGGACGGGACGCCUGCCUCUGCGGUUGUGAGAACUGACCCUCGGCCCGUGGGCAGUGUGUCGAAGCUGCAGAUCCAUAAUGCUUCCAGUGACGUUCUGCGGGUCACCUGGGUGGGGGUCCCUGGAGCCACAGCCUACAGACUGGCCUGGGGCCGGAGCGAGGGUGGCCCCACAAGACAGCAGAUUCUCCCAGGAAACACGGACUCCGCAGAAAUACGGGGCCUCGAAGGCGGAGUCAGUUAUUCAGUGAGAGUGACCGCACUCAUAGGGGACCGCGAGGGCGCGCCUGUCUCCAUUGUCGUCACCACCCCUCCUGAGGCUCCUCCAGCCCUGGAGACACUACGCGUGGAGCAGCGAGGGGAGCACUCACUGAGGCUGCACUGGCAGCCGGUGCCUGGUGCACGCGGCUUCCGUCUGCGUUGGCGACCUGAGGGUGGCCGGGAACAGUCCCGAGUCCUGGGGCCGGAAGUCAGCAGCUAUGACCUGGAUGGGCUGGAGCCAGCGACCCACUACCGCAUAUGGCUGAGCGUCUUGGGGACGGCUGGAGAAGGGCCCCCCUCGGAAGUGACUGCAUACACUGAGUCACCUCGUGUCCCAAGCACUCAACUGCGUGUGGUGGACACGUCAGUCGACUCAGUGACUCUGGCCUGGACCCCAGUGUCUGGGGUAUCCAGCUACAUCCUAUCCUGGCAGCCUCUCAGAGGCCCUGGCCAAGAACUGCCUGGGGCCUCACAGACACUUCCGGGGACCUCAAGUUCCCAGCGGGUGACAGGCCUAGAGCUGGGCAUCUCCUACCUCUUCUCCCUAACUCCUGUCCGGGACGGUGUACGAGGUCCUAAAGCCUCUAUCACACAGAGCCCAGCGUGUCCCCGUGGCCUGAUGGAUGUGGUGUUCCUGGUGCACACCACUCAAGACAAUGCUCAUCGCUCGGAGGCUGUGAAGCAAGCCCUGGAGCACCUGGUGUCUGCACUCGGGCCUCUCGGGCCACAGGCGGUCCAGGUCGGCCUCCUGUCCUAUAGUCACCGGCCCUCCCCACUGUUGUCGCUGAACAGCUCCCAUGACCUUGCCAUCAUCCUGCAGAAGAUCCGCAACAUCCCCUACACGGACCCAAGUGGGAACAACCUGGGCACAGCCGUGGUUACAGCCCACAGAUACCUGCUGGCACCAGAUGCGCCUGGACGCCGCCGGCAUGUGCCGGGGGUGAUGGUUCUCCUGGUGGAUGAGCCCUUGAGAGGUGACAUCUUCAACUCUAUCCGUGAGGCCCAGGCUGCUGGGCUCAAAGUGAUGAUGCUGGGGCUUGCGGGAGCUGACCCAGAGCAGCUGCGUCGCUUGGUGCCUGGCAUGGACUCUUCCCAGACCUUCUUCGCUGUGGAUGAUGGUCUGAGCUUGGAGCGGGCCGUCAGUAGUCUGGCAGCAGCCCUCUGUCAGACAGCCUUGACCACGCAGCCACAGCCAGAGCCUUGCUCAGUGCAUUGUCCAAAGGGCCAGAAGGGGGAACCCGGACAGAUGGGCCUGAAAGGACAAGCCGGGCCUCCUGGCCCCCCCGGCCUCCCGGGCAGGAUUGGUGCUCCUGGUCCCCAGGGACCUCCUGGAAGUGCUUCUGCGAAGGGCGAGAGGGGCUUCCCUGGGGCAGAUGGGCCUCCAGGCAGCCCUGGCCGCCCUGGGACUCCUGGAGCCCCUGGUCCGAAGGGCUCCCCAGGGUGGGCCGGCCCUCGUGGAGAACCAGGAGAGCGAGGACCCCGAGGCCCAAAGGGGGAGCCGGGAGAGCCUGGACAAGUCAUUGGAGGCGAGGGCCCAGGGCUUCCUGGACAGAAAGGGGACCCUGGACCUCCGGGUCCCCCUGGAUCUCGUGGGCCGCUGGGGGACCCGGGACCCCGGGGUCCCCCGGGAUUUCCUGGAACAGCUGUGAAGGGUGAGAAAGGCGAUCGUGGGGAGCGGGGCCCCCCUGGACCAGAUGCUGGCACUGCUGCUCUGGGCGAGCCUGGGCUGCCGGGUCUUCCUGGAAGCCCCGGACCCCAAGGCUCAGUUGGCCCCCCUGGAGAGAAAGGAGAAAAGGGUGACUGUGAAGACGGAGCCCCGGGCCUCCCAGGACAACCCGGGAUCCCGGGUGAGCGGGGCCUUCGGGGACUUCCUGGAGAUGCUGGCCCCAAAGGCGACCGAGGACUAACAGGGGCCGCUGGAGAGAAGGGUGAACGUGGAUCGCCUGGCCCAGUGGGACCACAGGGGCUGCCAGGAGUUGCUGGACGACCUGGACCCGAGGGUCCUGAAGGGCCACCAGGACCGACCGGCCGCCGAGGAGAGAAGGGGGAGCCUGGUCGGCCUGGAGACCCCGCAGUGGGACCUGGAGGUGCUGGAGCCAAAGGAGAGAAGGGAGAUGUGGGCCCCCCCGGGCCCAAAGGAGCUACCGGAUUCAAAGGGGAACAGGGCUCACCUGGCUUGGCUCUUCCUGGAGACCCUGGCCCCAAGGGAGACCCUGGAGGCCGAGGUCCCAUUGGCCUCACUGGCAGAGCAGGACCCCCGGGCGACUCAGGACCCCCUGGAGAGAAGGGAGACCCUGGGCGGCCUGGUUCCCCAGGACCCGUUGGCCCCCGAGGACGAGAUGGUGAAGUUGGAGAGAAGGGCGAUGACGGUCCCCCGGGUGACCCAGGUUUGCCUGGAAAAGCUGGCGAGCGUGGCCUUCGGGGAGCGCCUGGAGCUCGGGGGCCUGUGGGUGAGAAGGGAGACCAGGGAGAUCCUGGAGAGGAUGGACGAAAUGGGAGCCCUGGACCAUCUGGACCCAAGGGUGACCGUGGGGAGCCAGGUCCCCCAGGAGCCCCUGGACGGCUGGUGGACGUGGGACUUGGAGCCGGAGAGAAGGGAGAGCCUGGGGACCGAGGACAGGAGGGUCCACGAGGACCCAAGGGCGACCCUGGCCCCCCCGGAGCUUCUGGGGAGAGGGGCGUCAGUGGACUUCGGGGGCCUCCAGGCCCACAGGGGGACCCAGGUGUUCGAGGCCCAGCAGGAGAAAAGGGCGACCGGGGCCCUCCUGGCCUGGAUGGCCGCAGUGGGCUGGAUGGGAAACCAGGAGCCUCUGGUCCCCCUGGGCCGAAUGGUGCCAUGGGCAAGGCCGGAGACCCAGGGAGAGACGGACUUCCGGGCCUUCGAGGAGAACAGGGCCCCCCUGGCCCUGCUGGUCCCCCCGGAGCACCGGGAAAGCUGGGCGAGGAUGGCAAGCCUGGCCUGAACGGGAAAAACGGAGAACCCGGGGACCCUGGAGAAGACGGGAGGAAGGGAGAGAAGGGAGAUUCGGGCGCCCCUGGGAGAGAGGGUCGUGACGGCCCCAAGGGUGAGCGUGGAGCUCCUGGUAGCCCUGGACUCCAGGGCCCCCCGGGCCUCCCGGGGCAGGUCGGCCCUCCCGGGCAGGGCUUCCCUGGCGUCCCGGGGAGUUCAGGCCCCAAGGGUGACCGUGGGGAGACCGGACCCAGAGGGGAGCAGGGCCUCCCAGGAGAGCGUGGCCUGAGAGGAGAGCCUGGGAGCCUGGUGAAUGCAGAGCGGUUGCUGGAAAAUAUUGGCAUCAAGACAUCUGCCCUGCGGGAGAUCGUGGAGACCUGGGAAGAGAGCUCUGGCGGCUUCCUGCCCACGCCUGAACGGCGUCGCGGCCCCAAGGGGGACCCAGGCGAGCGGGGCCCCCCAGGCAAGGAGGGCCCCAUCGGCUUUUCUGGAGAACGUGGACCAAAGGGAGAUCGUGGAGACCCCGGUCCUCAGGGGCCACCUGGCCUGGCCCUGGGGGAGAGGGGCCUUCCUGGACCUCCCGGCCUUGCCGGGGAGCCUGGGAAGCCUGGUAUCCCUGGGCUCCCUGGCCCGGCUGGGAGUGUGGGGGAGGCCGGAAGACCCGGAGAGAGGGGAGAACGGGGAGAGAAAGGAGAACGUGGAGAACAGGGCAGAGACGGCCUUCCUGGCCUCCCUGGACCCCCCGGACCCCCAGGCCCCAAGGUGGCCGUGGACGAGCCAGGUUCCGGGCUCUCCAGAGAACAAGGACCCCCCGGAUUCAAGGGCGCUAAGGGGGAUCCAGGCAGUGAUGGCGACCGAGGCCCCAAAGGAGACAGGGGUGAGCCGGGCAGCAAGGGCGACCGGGGAGAGCCUGGACAGAGGGGUCCGAAUGGCAGCCCGGGUCUGCCAGGAGAGCGCGGCGUGGCUGGGCCCGAGGGGAAGCCGGGUCUGCAAGGUCCACGGGGGACCCCUGGCCCAGCGGGCGGCCAUGGAGACCCUGGACCACCCGGGGCUCCGGGUCUUGCUGGCCCUGCGGGACCCCAGGGACCUUCUGGCCUAAAGGGGGAGCCCGGAGAGACAGGACCACCAGGACGGGGCCUCCCUGGACCUACUGGAGCCGUGGGACUUCCCGGGCCCCCUGGCCCUUCAGGCCUGGUGGGUCCUCAAGGGGCACCGGGUUUGCCUGGACAAGUGGGGGAGACGGGAAAGCCGGGAGCGCCGGGUCGUGAUGGUGCCACUGGGAAAGACGGAGACAGAGGAGCCCCCGGCGUGCCGGGGUCACCAGGUCUGCCGGGCCCUGUUGGACCUAAAGGAGAGCCGGGACCCAUGGGGACCCCUGGACAGGCUGUGGUCGGGCCCCCUGGAGCAAAGGGAGAGAAGGGUGCCCCUGGAGCCCUUGCUGGAGACCUGGUGGGAGAGCCGGGAGCCAAAGGUGACCGAGGACUGCCGGGGCCGCGGGGCGAGAAGGGUGAAGCCGGCCGUGCGGGGGAACCUGGAGACCCUGGCGAAGAUGGUCAGAAGGGGGCUCCAGGACCCAAAGGUUACAAGGGUGACCCAGGAGUUGGGGUCCAGGGGCCCCCUGGGCCAGUUGGCCCUCCAGGUCUAAAGGGAGACUCAGGGCCCCCCGGACCCCCUGGACCUCCUGGUAUUGUGGGGUUCCCUGGUCAGACAGGCCCUCGAGGAGAGCUGGGGCAACCGGGCCCCAGUGGAGAGCGGGGUCUGGCAGGCGCCCCAGGGAGAGAGGGAGCCCCAGGUCCCUUGGGGCCGCCUGGACCACCUGGGUCAGCGGGAGCACCUGGGGCCCCUGGACUCAAAGGAGACAAGGGGGACACUGGAGCAGGGCUGCCUGGGGCCCGAGGCGAGCGUGGGGAGCCCGGUGUCCGGGGUGAAGAUGGCCGCCCCGGCCUGGAGGGACCCCGAGGACUUGCGGGCCCCCCAGGCAGCCGGGGAGAACGUGGGGAGAAGGGUGACCCUGGGGCCUCGGGACUGAAGGGUGACAAGGGCGACUCAGCUGUGAUUUUGGGGCCUCCGGGGCCACGGGGUGCCAAGGGGGACUCGGGUGAACGAGGGCCUCGGGGAAUAGAUGGUGACAAAGGACCUCGGGGAGACAGCGGGGAACCUGGAGAGAAGGGCACCAAGGGAGAGCCUGGUGACAAGGGCUCAGCCGGGCUGCUGGGAGCGCGCGGACUCACGGGACCCAAGGGCGAGCCUGGUGCCACAGGGAUCCCCGGCGAACCGGGAUCCCCAGGAAAAGAUGGAGUCCCUGGUGUCCGAGGAGACAAAGGAGAUGUUGGCUUCAUGGGUCCCCGGGGCCUCAAGGGUGAACGGGGAAUUAAGGGAGCCUGUGGCCUCGAUGGAGAGAAGGGAGAUAAGGGAGAAGCUGGUCCCCCGGGCCGCCCAGGGCUGGCAGGACGCAGAGGAGAGCUGGGGGAGCCGGGUGUUCCAGGCCAGGCAGGAGCCCCUGGGAAGGAGGGCCUGAUCGGUCCCAAGGGUGACCGAGGAUUCGAUGGGCAGCCAGGACCCAAGGGUGACCAGGGCGAGAAAGGGGAGCGGGGACCCCCAGGAGUGGGGGGCUCCCCAGGUCCCAGGGGCAAUGAUGGCUCUAGUGGUCCUCCUGGGCCGCCUGGCAGCAUUGGUCCCAAAGGCCCUGAAGGACUUCAGGGUCAGAAGGGUGAGCGAGGUCCCCCUGGAGAGAGCGUGGUGGGUGCCCCUGGGGCCCCUGGAACCCCUGGAGAGAGAGGGGAGCAGGGGCGGCCAGGCCCCACGGGGCCCCGUGGUGAGAAGGGAGAAGCUGCGCUGACGGAGGAUGACAUUCGGGGCCUUGUGCGUCAGGAGAUGAGUCAACAUUGCGCCUGUCAGGGCCAGUAUAUCGCAUCUGGAUCACGACCUCUCCCGAGUUACGCAGCAGACACCGCUGGCCCGCAGCUCCACCCCGUGCCCGUGCUCCGCGUGUCCCACGCAGAGGAGGAUGGCCAGGUGCCCCCCGAGGACGAUGAGUAUGAAUACUCUGAGUAUUCCAUGGAGGAAUACCAGGACCCCGCGGCUCCUUGGGAUGACGUUGACCCCUGCUCGCUUCCACUGGACGAGGGUUCCUGCAGUGCCUACACCCUGCGCUGGUAUCAUCGGGCUGGGGCGGGGGGCACGAAGGCCUGUCACCCCUUUGUCUACGGUGGCUGUGGAGGGAAUGCCAACCGUUUUGGGACCCGGGAGGCCUGUGAGCACCGCUGCCUGCCCCAGGCGGCCCACAGUCAAGGGACAGGUGCUGCCCAGAGCUGAGGUCCAGUCCAGCAUCCCCUGGAGGAGUCGGUGUCUCAGCUGGACCCUGCUGUCCCUCCCCCUUGGUGCUAGAGGCCUGUCUGCACGUGAGCGUGCGUGAGCGUGUCCGUUAUUUCAGUGACUUGUUCCACGGGUCUCGCCUUCCCCUCAGUGGACAGACCCCCAUUGUGGCUGCUGCCUCCCUGGCUGAUGACUCAGUGUUGGGGAGGCUUUGGGCAGUGAGCGGAAGUGACUGAAUCCAACCCGCCCCUUGCCCCACGCUAGUGAUGACAUGGUGCUGAUUCUGGGGGGUCAUUAAAGCUGCUGUUUUAAAAGGC